GUCUUUUAUUGACAACUGAAAGUUAUAUAUUACGUAUACGCACAGUGAACAAUGUCCUCUCGAUUUAAGAAUAGAAUCGAUUUUCCAGCAAACAAUGAAUCGAUUAAAGUCACUUCCUGUUCAUCUCUAACAAUAUUUCCGGUCACACCGAUUUAAAUGCCGAACAGCUGACUGUAUAUUGUGCAAUAGGAAAACGUUGCUAUUAUUAUUGUAAAUAUUAUUAAUUAAAGUGCAAUCAAAAAUGAGUGCCUUCAAGAUGAGAAGCAUUCUGACUAUCGGCGCCACUGCGUUGGGUGCGUUCUAUCUGGGCUCCUAUACGGAACGCCGUUCCAGCAAUGAAACUACAACCGCAACCGAAAAGUUCCAACGGCUUCCUGGAUUGCCCGUUUUUGCAACAGUUUCCGCGGCUGCAUUGAUACCAGCUGGCGAACAGAAUCUGACAGCGACACCAUCGCGUAUCUCACAAAUUAUGAAAUACGGAUUCCCUGGACUGGAUCAUGUACGCUCCCAAUCGGAUUAUGUGCUGUCCUACGACAGACGUAAUCGUGUGCCGCAUUGGGUAUUCGAACAUCUGACUGCCGAAUCGGUGGCACGCAACGACGCUGUCGAUCGUUCCAAGUCGGAUUUCAAGCCCGACGAAAGCAUACAUCCAUUUUUCCGGGCACAAAACACGGAUUACCGACGCUCCGGCUACGAUCGUGGUCACAUGGCGGCGGCUGGUAACCAUCGACUGCAUCAAAAGCACUGUGACGACACCUUCCUGCUCUCCAACAUGGCACCGCAAGUGGGCCAAGGUUUCAAUCGCGAUGCCUGGAACACACUGGAAACGUAUGUGCGCAAGUUAACCAAAUCCUACAGCAAUGUCUACGUCUGCACGGGUCCAUUGUAUCUGCCGCACAAAGAGGACGAUGGCAAGAUGUACGUAAAGUACGAAGUCAUUGGAUCCAACACGGUUGCCGUUCCUACACAUUUCUACAAGGUGAUUGUCAGCGAAGCUGCGGACCAGAAGUUGCACAUGGAAGCAUACGUGAUGCCCAACAAGGUGAUCAGCAAUGAUACGCCGCUGCAGGUGUUCCAGGUGCCGCCCGAGACGGUGGAACGUGCAGCAGGUUUGCUCUUCUUCGACCAGCUGAACAGGAAGCAGCUGGCGACCAUAAACGGCAAGAAGAUAUAAAAGGAAUUUAACAUAGUUGAGUUUUUAGUAAAUUGUAUUUUGUUUAAACGCAACCGAAUUAAGGUUGAUUCCUUAGUUUGAUGUUGUUCUUGAUUUUUGUUUCUUUUCCAAAGAAGUGUGUGUUGUUGAUUAAUAAAAGUAAACAAUUAAUACAGAGAUAUACGAAUCUAUAUAUAUGAAGUAGAGCGUGAACAUAGGCAAAGCGAAGUACGAUGCGAUUUAGUAUGUGAGUUAAUGCUUGGGGUGUGUGUUGUUGUGGUUUGACAUGGCCAUUUACAUGCCAUUGUUCUUGGAGCGCACAUCGUCGAUCUUGAGUAUCAUCUUGACCAGCUGCGUGGAGAGCAGAAUCUGUUGCUUCUUCGAGUUGAGAGACUCGACCACAUUGUGAUUCUUCAUGUCCGAAUCGCCAGUCAGCAUGCAAUCGACACCCAAGCUGGAGUUCUUCUCAGCCACUUGACUGGCCUUGAGCUCCGACAGCGUUUCAAUUGGAUGCAGGCCACUGUUCUCAGCCAGUGCCAGGGGAAUGCUCUCCA